AGGAAUAUUUUUUAGUAACUGAAAUAAUUGUACUAGGUAUAACAAUACAAUGGUGACAUAUCAAAAUAGUGUCGUGACCCUAGAUAACCUCAAGUUGUUGAUUUCGAAUAUAGCAGAUUCUCAAGCAGAUGAGAUCUCCAAAAACUCAAAAAGUGAACCAAAUUGUGAAUUGAAACUUGAUGAAGUUGCUGGAAAAAUCCUAUCUUUGCAGUUAUUUGAAGCCUUGGAUAAAGUUGCUGCAGAAAAAGAAAUCAAUGUUUUAAGUGAGGUCUUGAAGAAGAUAACCUCAGAAGAUGUUUUAGUAGAAGAUCAAGCAAUUAAAAAACCUGUGCCAAUACCAUAUGAAGUUUUGAAGUUGAUUUUUUUGCAAACAAGUGAAAAAUUUCGACAAAAUAACUUUUAUGAAUUAAUGAAUUUUUAUUAUGAAAAACUCACUGACGCCUUGAAAAAAUUUGGUUCAAAAUAUUAUUUGAAAAAGGCAAAGUUUGAAUUUCAAGUAAAAUAUCUAUUACCGUUGGUUAAAUUUGAAACAUUACUGCAAAUAGUGGAUACCGAACAGGAUCAGCAACAGAUAACUGACUUGGCCAGCAACAUACGCAACUAUUUUAACAACCCCCGUAUGAACCAAGAAGAUAUUUACGUCAUAGUCAAAAACAAUAUUGGAUCUUUGCAAUUUCACUUAGUUUCCUAUCAAUUUAUUCCACUAGAUCAAAGAAAUGGAUUCCUGGGUGACUAUUUUCACCUUAAAAUUGACUUUUUCCAUGAAAAUGUACAAAAAAAACUGAAUUUAUUUGCCAAAUUUUUGACACCUAAGCAAGAAGCUUUCAAAGAAGUUCUUAAAUUAGGUCCAUCAAAAAAAGAAGAAUUCUUCUACAUGAUUUAUUUUCCAAAAUUGGAAGAACUGGGCUACGGAGAACUGACAAGCUUUGCUCCAAAUUGCUACUUUUCCAGAGUUGAUGAUGUGCUAAUAUUGGAUGACAUGACUCAAAAAGGAUUUAUUAGCUUAACGCCAAACAUGAAGCUUGAGUAUGAGACUCUGAAACUAGCCAUAGGCAAAAUUGCCAAAUUACAUUGUUGCAGCUUAAUUCUUGAACAAAAAGUACCAUCGUUAUGCGACACUUAUGACGAAUUUCUACAAGAAGUCUUAUUCAGGCCUGACGAUAAUAAAUUUAUUCCUCUUACAACGGACAGGAUUUUAUAUUUGGCUACAAGAUUUCCUGAAAUAACCAAAAAUUAUACCAGGGAACAAUUGAAAGAAAAAUUGGAAAAGGGUUUUAAGAUGUUUACGGAAAAAAUUCAAAAAUCAAGUAAAAUUAAAAAUGUAGUUUGUCAUGGAGAUUUGUAUGUGGCCAACAUGUUGUUCAAAUUUGAUCAAGAUCAAACCUGUGAAGAUGUAGCUCUAAUAGAUUUCCAAAUCCUAAGAUAUUGUCCUCCAACUGUAGACUUAAUGUUCUUUUUAUAUCAAACCACAUUUAAAGAAACCCUUGAAGUCCAUAAGGAAUCUUUAUUAGAAGAAUAUUAUGCUACAUUAACCGAGACUUUAACCAAACACGGUUUUAAUCCAGAAGAAAUCUAUUCCAAAGAAGAAUUUUGUGAAGCCGUCAAAUAUGCCAAAAACCUAGGUAUUAUCCAGGCGCUCUUUUAUUCGCCAGGCCACAUGGUUGAUCCGAAAGUUAGAGAAUCAAUGCUCCAGGACAGCGAUGCUUAUGCAACAAUUAGGGCCGAAGAACACGGUUUGCUCAAACUGGGAAUGCAAAGCGAAGAUUAUCGGAGAGCUUUGGGUGGGCUUUUGGAAAAAUUUAUUGAAAUCUGUGAUAAUGGAGAAAUUUAAUUUUAUAUUUGAUAAAUAAAAUAGUUAUUUAUGUAACAAGGGCGCAAUUAGAGUAUUUACGGCCUGCCGCGUUAAAAUUAAACCACGAGAAGGGUUUCAAACACUAUUUGCGCCUCUGGUACAACUGCGAGUAAUUAUGUAAUUCAAAUAAAAUAUUGAAAAUAUUAUAAAUAAAUAAUCAAAGUGAAAUAAUAAACAAAAAUUU